UCCAUUCUUAUAUUACAUAAGCAGCACUGCGUUAGCUGAAGUUCCAUUAGAAGCUGAAGGAAAGACCUCGCCUCAGUUCCAGCCAUGGCGACAACUCUCCCUGUCCUUCUCCUUUUGAGUGGGUUACUCUUUAUGGUUGCAUCUGAUAAAGACUGUGACAGCUACUACACCCCCAGUGGGGGAUACAGAAAGUCCCAGGAUUGCGGCUAUUUACAGUACUGUUGUGGUUCCUGCAGUAACAGAUACUGCUGUUCUAACCCCUACAUGAAGCUGGACGACGACCUCUGCUUGCAAGAUUUACAUCAGUUUGAACAAGCUAAAGUAUUAACAUCCAUGAAAUCAAGCAAAUCUGUUAACCCCAUCACCAUUGGCUCUGCUAUAGCCGGUGUGAUGACCAUCGUCAUCUUUUUCCUACUGUGCUGUCUCUGCCCAUGCUGCUGCUUGUACAAAAUGUGUGUGAAACCCAGGCCGGUGGUGACGACUACCACUCACACUACAGUGUUAAGCACGCAGUAUCCUCAGCAGCAGCCUUUAAACCCUGGAGCUCAGUAUCCAGCAUACCAGCAAAUUCCAGCACAGCCGGGCUAUAGUGCUCAGCCAGGGUACGAAGGACAGCCCAUGCCCAUGCCUGCAGCACCAUAUCAGGGGCAGCCGUAUGCACCAGGACCCCCUCCCCCAUACCAUGAGAGUGGAUAUCCUGCUCCAUAUAGCCAGGCUGCGUAUGAUGGUGGCCAGCCUCCAUAUCCUCUCCAACCACCAACCCAGCCAGGCUACGCUCACCCAACCCCUCUGACAGACUACAGUGCGACUCAGCCAGCAUACAAUCCUGCCUAUGUUGAUCCACCAAAGACCGGAUACUAAACCACAGCUGUCUUGACGCCAGACUUUGCUGGAUCACAAACGCCUUCAUACUUUCACUUUGGGUUUGCUUAAAGAAUUUCUAUAUGUUCUAUAUUUACCAGGAACACAGUCUUGGGUACACAUUGGGGUGGAUUUUCCUUUUUUUCCCCUCCCCCAACCACUUGCAAUUCCUCUUGUGGUCCAGUGCUUUUUAAGACGCACUCCAUAGUCUGUCCAAGACUCCAAGCCAUACUCAGCUUUUUGUUUUUGGGAGUAAAAAGGGAAUAUUUGUUGUCUGGAUUUUUUUUGUUACUAUCUGUUUAUUUGUUUGGGUUGUUUUAACCACAAAUCGGCUUACGCCAGUGGAAUCAUGUGAAUACCACAUUCGGAAGCGUGAGUAUGGCCUUCUAAAGUUGAAAUAUUUUUAUAGUUUUUGGCUGCGCCACGUUCCAGAGUAAAUCAAGACACUGAGCUUCUGUGGAGUGGCACUGAGGCCUACAGUAGGGAGCUGAAUUUUUAGGCCUGCCUUGUGCCACUGGGCAUCCAUGGGCAUUGUCUUUGAGGUUAGCUACAUUCUGAAUUGCUCAUUACAUAAACAGUGCACUAUAUAGUGUUAGAAGUUAUGCAAUGUUAUUUGAAUUCUCAGUGAUGACAGUCUUUAUAUGGUCAGUCUCCAGUCAGUUCACUUUAAAGCAAAUGUUAUGUCGCAAGUAGAGAAGGACUUAUGUGCACCAUUCUGGACAAUUAGUGACCCCCUCCAAGCAUGUCGAGCCCCCUAGUGAUUUUGUGUGGGUACUGUUCUGAAGUUCCACCCUGCUGUCAUAUAACACAGUUGUUUAUGGGCAGGCAUGUGCAUGUCUAUUCUAUACUUCAGCUUGCUUGGCUAAUCGCUGCAGCUAAGUUGUUGCUGUUAUGUGUAUGGGUGUGUUCAGGUUUUCAUUAAGGUGUAAGUGUUGAUCUAGGCUUCUGUUUACGUUAAGGCACAGAUUUUUGGAUUCUUAGAUGUAUUUUUUCCAUUUAUUUAUAUAUAUAUGUAGCUAUAAAUCCUAGAUCUACUGAAUUUCUACAUUAGGAAGUAGUAGCAACAGCUUCAAGUGCACUUCUAGCCUCACAUGAGAGAUUUUGCUGCAACUCAGAUUAGCAAAACUGGCAAACAACAACUGAGGGUUUAGAAAACAAACUUGGAAAGCGGUCUUUUUGUGGAGUGAUCAGAACCUGCUGAUUAGACUCGAUUUGUGGUAAUCCUCCUUAGCAGAGUAUGUUUUUUGCGCUUGAAAAAGAUUUUUGUGUUGAAAUGUGGUUGAGUAGGUGGUUUACAGGUGAUCACUGUCGAAGUUCCAGUGCACAAGCAUCAAAAAUGUGCUGAUUUCCUUAACUGCAUUUUGAUGUUCUUUGAUUGUGACAUUGGUUCGCGAAAAAUGGGAGAACAUUGUUUAUCACUGCUGCAUUGCAGCACUGAUGCAGUAAACCAGAAGCUUUGUUUAUACCCCCAACAGAUAUUGUAAGAAACCACAGGUUAACAAUUUUUUUGUUCGUCACAAGCUCUACUACAAAUAGUGACGUUAGUGCGUAUAAAAUGUGCAUUUCUUUCAAAGCUCUAUUCUGCCUUAUUCAGGUUGUGGACACAUCUGUGAAUGUUUUUUCUGACCUCUCAGUAUUUGUGUUAAUGGGAAAGAAAAACAUCAAGAAUAUGCCUUAUUUCUCACAUUAUGCAGUCAUGGUCUGGGUGAUUAAAAGUAAACCAGCCAUUAUAUCCAAUGUAAAAUAAAAGGGGAUGCCAACAAAUUUCUCAUUUAUAUGUUAUGUCUUGCCUUUGUGUGAUGGAAUCGUCAUGUAAGUUUGACAGUCAAAGCCGCAGACUCUGGUGGGUGACAGAGUCAAGUGAACUGUUUGCUUUUCCGUUAGGUUGAUCAUUGUGUUCAGCCCUUUUCAGGGCCCAUACUAAAAGGGGGAAUUCCACCAUUGUUCUACUGGUGGUUUUGACAUGUAUUGCAUGAAAAUAAUGCUUUUCAUGAGCGUUGCCCCCUGCCUCAACAAAUCGCUUUCAGUUUCAAAACCCCCUACUUUCCAAAGCCACCCUCAAGUGGAAUCUUAUAUUGACGUGAUCUGUUACUCAGGGUUUUUUUUUUUUUUUUUUUUUUUUAAAUUACAUUAACUUGUGUACUAUACACUCAUCACAACAUUUGGGUUUUAUGUUUUGGCCUAAAUGAAUAAGCAUUUAAAUAAAAACGUUUAGUUUACCAUUGCGUACACCUAAUUUUGUGCAACUUUAAAAACUGGAUGCAUUUUUUUUUUAUUGAAAAAAAAUGUACAGUGCCCAUAUGUUGUAUUUCCCCUUGAAGGAUUGUACAGUUUAAGUGCAUCUCAGAACGUGCCAUAAUUCCCUUAAAUCUGAUGAGGUAUUUCUAAAAUUUCAAAUGUGUUAAUCAUGAGGCCUUUUUAGUUCUGAUCUUCUCACAGUCAUCAUACUCCUGAAAUGCUUGCUGGUUUUACCCUUCAAUCUGAUAUUCUUCCCUCAUUUCUUGUUGGGAAAGCCUUUUCCAGAAGAGUUUUGUAUGUACUUUGUAUACAUAAAAAUGUAUAAAAUUUACUGAUAUUCAA